CACUGCCGCCAAGUCAUCGGUCCGAAUUUCAGCGGGAAAGCCCCCCACAAUCAUCCCCGCACCGGUAGUCGUACUCUGAGCCGCAUUAGCCGCCGCUGCUGGGCGGUCAAGCGAGCCAGUCCAAACAUCUUGGGCUGUGGAGUGGGUGGGCGGGUGCCGCGAUUGUUAAACUUCGGUUCAGCAAGUCCUGGCUGGGGCUCCGGGUGAGCAGGCGAGGCUGGGAUGGCGGCCAAGAAGCGCGGACUAAGCUUGGAGGAGAAGCGGACCCGGAUGAUGGACUUGUUCUACACCAAGCAAGACUUCUUCCUCCUCAAGGAACUCGAGAAAAUUGCGCCCAAAGAAAAAGGUAUCGUGGCUCAAUCCGUGAAGGACGUUGUUCAAUCGUUGGUCGACGAUAAUCUGGUCGACACCGACAAAAUCGGCACGUCCGUCUACUUUUGGGCUUUUCCCUCUAAGGCCACCGCCCACCGCCAAGCCAAACUGGCUCAAGUCCGGGCUCAAGCCCAAGAAUUGGAGCGUUCAAUCCAACGACAAUCCCAAUUGGUGGAGCGCGAUAGUCAAGGACGAGAAGACACGCCCAAAAGGCAAGCGCUGCUGGAGAAAUGGCAAGGCUUGAAAACUCGUCAGGCCGAAUUGCAACAGGCCAUUGGCAAGUACCGAGAUUGUGACCCGGAGACCCUCAAACUCAUGACGGCGGAGAUCAAGCAAUCUUACGAGGCCACCAAUCGUUGGACCGACAACAUAUAUUCCUUGCAGUCAUGGAUUGGCAGGAAGUUUCCCUCCAUCUCUGUAAAUGACUUGAACAAACAAUUUGGCGUUCCGGAGGAGCUAGAUUACGUGGCCAAUUCAUGAGAAGAACGUUCAAACAAGGGCUUGAAUCCAAAUUGUUCCCUGUGAUUGAGGUAUAAUAGUAAUAAAUUCAUUUAUUCGUUUCUA